AUGGAUGUUCUGAUUGAGAAAUCUCUCUUAACUAUCGGGACAUACAACCAUAUUGAGAUGCAUGAUUUGAUAAGGGAAAUGGCUUGGGAGAUUGUUCGUCAAGAGUCAAUUGAAGAGCCUGCAUGGUACAUAAUUGACAUGAAUGUGGAGUUAACUUACAUCGAUUCUGAAUUAAUAUCAGGGAACAGUAUCAAAGGCAUCCGCUUAUGCUUAUCUGAAUUAGAAGAGGCAGAUUCAACCUGGAAUUAUGAAAGCCUCUCUAACAUGCUUAGUCUAAGGCAUCUUGAAUUUGAUAAUUUGAUUACUAGUUCAGGGCCCAAGUUUCUCCCUAAUUCCUUGAGAGUUCUCAGAUGGAGUUGGUUUCCUUCUAAAUCUCUUCCAGCAAGUUACUCGCCAAAUUUACUUACUGAACUCAAGAUGGAAAAUAGCAAACUUGUUCAACUAUGGGAUGGAAGGCUGGAUUUGCCAACCUUGAAAUAUAUGGAUCUUAGGAAUUCCAAAAACUUGAUCAAGACCCCAGAUGUCACUGGCAUUCCGAAUCUUGAGGUGUUGGAACUUCAAUAUUGUACGCAUUUAGUUAAGAUCCAUCCAUCUCUUGCCAUCCACAAGAGACUUAAACAUUUGGAGCUUGUGGGCUGUAAACGGAUCAAAAAUUUACCUAGUGAGAUAGAAAUGGAUUCUCUAGAGCUGCUUGGACUUGGUGGUUGCUCAAAAGUUAAAACAGUUCCAGAAUUUGGAAGCCGGAUGAAAAGUUUGUAUAGGCUUAAGCUAAGUGGGACUGCUAUUGGGAGAAUUCCUUCCUCAGUUGGACAUCUAGUUGGCCUUGUUGAUCUGGAGCUAUCUGAUUGCAAUAAUCUUGUGAGUCUUCCAGGUUCGAUGGUUGAUAAUCUGAAGUCUCUUAAAUACCCUCAUAUGAAUGAUUGCUCGAAGCUUGACAAACUUCCGGAGAACUUAGGAAAGAUGGAGUCUUGA